UGGAUAUUGACGUCAUCGUAUGAGGCCAUGACCGCCAUGGCAUCUCAUGCUAGCGAGCUUGAAAUUGCAAAGAAGAAUUUAACUGAUGCAAUUGGCGAUAAUGUGAAACACUACUGGGCAAACCUGAAACUAUGGUUCAAGCAGAAGAUCAGCAAGGAAGAGUUUGACAUUGAGGCACGACGUCUGUUGGCACAGGAAAACGUCCAUGUUCACAAUGACUUCCUCCUGGCAAUUCUGACACGCUGCCAGAUCAUUGUCUCCACUCCUGAGGGCGCUGGGCCAUUACAAUGGCAAGGUGGCUCUGCGUCAAAGCCAGGCAAACCGAAAGGAAAGAAGAAAUGUUCCUCUCGACAGAAGUUUGACCAUCGUUUCCAGCCUCAGAACCCUCUGAGCGGCGCGCAGCCCUUCAGCCCGCGGGAGGCGGUGGGUGAGGAUGACGAGCUGCGACUCAGCGCCCACACUUUGCUGCUGCCCACGCGGGGCCAACUGGAGGCCCGCAUGAUGGUGACGGGCUUCGAGCUGGGCCUGGAUAACGUCACAGAGGAGGCCGUCAGCGCAAUGACCUGUGCGGUGGAGCACCAUUUGAAAGACGUUUUGACUGCAGUGAUUUCCCGAAGGAAAGCGUAUCGCCUGCGGGACGGCCAUUUUCCUUACGCCUUCGGCAGCGAUGUCACACCGCAACCUUAUCUGAAGAACAGCCUCGCUGCCUAUCGCAGCGUCACCGAAUGCCCUCUUCCAAGCGCUUCUCUCCCUGCUGGCCCACCACCGCAGAUCUCCCCAGAUGAGGCGGAGCAGCAAGCGGUUCACUUGUUGGCUUGUUCUGCUCACAGCCUCCACACGGCCCUCCCACCUGUCACCAUGUUCGACCUCCUGGAGGCCUUACAGGUUCACCACGGAGUGAUGCCCUCCCACACCAUGUACGCGCUCAACAUGGAGCGCAUCCUGUCACGGCUCUGGCACCCCAGCCACGAAGAACUGGAGCAGGACCACGUGCACAGGCAGCGACUUGCUGCCAAAGACGGAGUGCCGAUCAGCUGAGAUUGACACAAUACACGGACACGGUGCGCGUAAUGAGUAGUUCUCCGGUGCACACGGACGCGACGUAGUGUGUCCAGACGCUGGCCCGCAUGUGGGAGCGCUGCACUUGUGUUGCACACACACAGGAUCGAUGGACCAAGAUGAAACAAAGCCAUUGGCUGGCGGACACGUGACUGUGUGUCAGCCUGGCCUCUCGUUUAUCGAGCGUGCAGAAAGGAAGCGAGGGUCUCCCAAACAUAUUGGUGCCAGAGAUUGCACCUACAUUAACAGUUCAAGGACCAUCACGCACCCAAUUCAGCUGCCAUCAGAAAAGGAUUUCAUUCCAUCAAUUUACUACUAAUCUGCGAUCCACAUUGCUUGGAGGAAUGCACAGAAUAUCUCCGUGGAUGUGCGCAAUGCGAGCUGUGGCUGAAGACUGCCUGUUCCCAAUAAUGCUUGCAUUACGGCCAUCCAUAAUUGCUUCUCCACUUCCAGUUAAAGAUGAUUGUCAUCAGUGGGCUUUGGCACGUUUUUUUUUUUUUUUUUUUUUUUUUUUUUGGCGGCAUUCAGUUUGAUGUCAAACCAUUUUUUUAUUUAGGAGACUACAUCUUUCUCUCAUUGAUAGAAUUAACAACAUCAGUUAAAUUCUUCCACUGUCCCACGUCAUUUUUCCCCACUGUUGGUAACACCCACAUUAAUUGUUCCAAACAGUAUUUUUAUUUUAUUUUUUCUGUAACCCAUCCAUCCAUUUUCUGAGCCGCUUCUCCUCACUCGGGUCGCGGGCGUGCCGGAGCCUAUCCCAGCUAUCAUCGGGCAGGAGGCGGGGUACACCCUCAACUGGUUGCCAGCCAAUCGCGGCGCACAUACAAACAAACAAACAACCAGUCGCACUCACAUACACAUCUACGGGCAAUUUGGAGUUGCCAAUUAACCUAGCAUGCAUGUUUUUGCGAUGUGGGAAGAAACCGGAGUGCCCGGAGAAAACCCACGCAGGCACGGGGAGAUCAUGCAAACGCCACACAGGCGAGGCCGGGGAUCGAACCCCGGCUCUCAGAACUGUGAGGCAGACGCUCUAACCAGUCGUCGGCCGUGCACCAUAAAGUCAAAUUACAGCUGCGUUGCAUUUUCCUCAAUCAAUUUGGCUUUCGCAGAAUUAACUUCCUCCUCCCUCUUUUCCAGAGAGCAUUCUUAAAGGGAUCGUUGCUACCACAUCUGGUCGAUUGGAGGCGUUUCUCAAUGCAAAUGAGGCUAAAUGUGCACGUUUGUGGAAGUUAAGACCAGCUGGGAUGUUUCAACACACAUCACUUACUGGUGUGUGCGUGCGCGUGAUUUUAUUUGAAUUUUUAUUUCUACACAUGAAAUUUCAGUCGUACAAAUGAACUUCGAAGCUCUUUCUAGGCACUGUUUUUACUACCGGCUUUUUUGCCAGCCAGUUGUCACCUGCAGCUGCAGCUCCAUAGCCAGAAUUUAAAGUGUUUGCUUCUAGAAUUUAGCGGCAACUAUGAAACUAUUUCCGAGGUUGGGCAGUGUUCCUUUUCAGGGUCGCGAAGCCGACGACGUGGGCCGUUGAUGACCCACGAGAGCAUUUGAAACCGGCCAGGCGUACAAAUACAACCUCGGGGAACUAUUUUUAAAAGCCCCAAAAUUAACCUACAAAUGCUCACACUACAUGUUAAUAAGCAUUUUAAAGCAUUAUAUGUGCGACCAAUUUACAUAUUCAAAUGAAGUCAAUUCAAAGAAAGUGGUAGAAAAAAAAAAGUUCUGAAUUUGAUCAUUUAUAUUGGUUGCACGAUUAAAAUAUGGUAAACUGACAUACUUUUCCCUCUUCUUGCAAACAAAAUAUACGUCGUUUUACCGCAUUUUAAUCGUGAGCGAGUUACCGAUCUAAAUGUUCGAAUUAAGUAAAUUCAAAGGACGUUUUCCCCCAAUGUCACACUGUGAGGAAAUCGAAAGAUAUCAAGUGCUUGAAAACAUUGCAAAGCAUACUUGGGAGGGGGGGAUAUUUGGCCAAAGUUUGAGGACUUGUACAUAAAUUGCAAGUGUCUCGUUGUAAGACUGGUUCAACAAAUCCCAACGCCGCCAUGUUAACUGAAACACAGGUACAAUGAUGCUUCGAAGUCCUGGCACUCAAACGCAGUCUUAAGAGUGAUCGCAUGUGGGUGACAAAAGGGACCGGACUCUGCUCUGUCCUCAGUGUGUGUUUGACGUUUUCAGAAAUAUAUAUAUAUAUAUAUAUCUUUUAUAAAGCUUUUUUUAAUGUACAGUUAAGUUUAUAUAUAUAUAUAUAUAUAUGUGUAUAUAUGAAUUUCUUUUGUAAAGCUUUUCUUUUUAACGUACAGUG